AUGUCCUCUUCCGGCAAACAGGCGCUUCUCAUCGGCGACAUCACGCACGCGCGCAAGGAAUGGGAAGAAUGCGGAUCAUUCAUCGGACUGCAGGAAUUUCCUAGUGGGACCAGAGAUGAAUUCCUGUCCAACUGCAAAAACGGGAAGUACGACAAUGUGCAGGUCAUUUACCGCAGCAACGAUUCGACAAAGCACACCGGCCCCUUCAAUGCCGGGCUCAUCUCCGCACUCCCCAGCAGCCUGAAAUACAUAUGCCACAACGGCGCCGGAUACGACAAUAUCGACGUGGGAGCAUGUACAUCGCGCGGGAUCAACGUUGCAAACACGCCCACAGCCGUUAAUGACGCCACGGCUGACGUCGCGCUGUUCCUGAUGCUGGGCGCGUUGCGGCGCGUGACGAUCCCCUUCACGGCAGUUCGGCAGGGCCAGUGGCGCGGCUCGCGUUUCACUCUCGGACACGACCCUCGCUGCCUCACGCUCGGUAUCCUGGGCAUGGGUGGAAUUGGGCGUGCGGUCGCGGUGCGUGCUGCCGCCUUUGGCAUGCGUGUGCAGUACCACAACCGGUCGCGGCUGGAUGAGGAGACAGAGGCGCAGGCAGGCCGCGCCAAGUAUGUCUCCUUCGAAGACCUGUUGAAGACAUCGGACGUUAUCAGCUUGAACCUUGGCUUGAGCGAGAAAACGAGGCAUAUUAUUGGCAAGGAUGAGUUUGCUAAGAUGAAGGACGGCGUCGUGAUUGUGAACACGGCAAGAGGUCCGGUCAUGGAUGAAGCGGCACUGGUCGAGGCUCUCGGCAAUGGAAAGGUGUGGAGUGCGGGCUUGGAUGUGUAUGAAGAGGAGCCAAAGAUUCAUCCCGGGUUGCUGGACAACGAGAAUGUGGUGCUACUGCCACAUAUCGGUACUGCGACGCUAGAGACGCAACGCGAUAUGGAACUUCUGGUGCUGGAGAACUUGAAGCAAGCAGUUCAACAGGGUACACUGAAAACGCAGGUGCCAGAGCAGCGGAAGUAA